AGCUCCUCCUUCUCCAAAGUUUCUUCCCGGCGGAUUCUCGCCUUUUUUUUUCCCCCUUGUUUUUUUCCCCCUUCCAGGGUGGGCCAGGAGCCCCUUCCCUGCAGAUCCCCGCCCCAGGGAGGAGAGGGGCCAGGGGCCAAGGCCGGAGCGCCCCCUCCCCAAAAAUGGCCAAGUCCUACGACCACCUUUUCAAGCUCCUCCUGAUCGGAGACAGCGGAGUGGGCAAGACCUGUCUGAUCAUCCGCUUCUCCGAGGACAGCUUCAGCGGCACCUACAUCAGCACCAUUGGCAUCGAUUUCAAAAUACGGACGGUGGAAGUGGAGGGGAAAAGGAUUAAAUUGCAGGUUUGGGACACGGCUGGCCAGGAGAGAUUCAAGACCAUCACCACUGCUUACUACCGAGGGGCAAUGGGAAUUAUUCUGGUGUAUGACAUCACGGAUGAAAAAUCCUUCGAGAAUAUUCAAAAUUGGAUGAAGAGCAUCAAAGAGAAUGCCUCGGCCGGCGUGGAGCGUCUCCUGCUGGGCAACAAGUGCGACAUGGAGGUGAAGCGAAAAGUCUCCAGGGAUCAAGCCGAGAAGCUGUGCAGGGAGCACGGGAUCAGGUUCUUUGAGACCAGCGCCAAGUCCAGCUUGAACGUGGAGGAGGCAUUCAAUACUUUGGCUCGUGACAUUCUCCUCAGAUCGAUCAAGAAAUCAGCGCAGCUCCCCAAGAGGCCUCUGGAACUCAAAGCCACCCCGAAAAGCAGCUCAAAGUGCUCCGUGCUGUAACCGGCAGCCAGCCAGUUCGGAAAGGCCCCAUGGCUCCUACUCCAUCCCUCGCCAUUUUGGCUUGGGUGGGGCUGUUUCUCCUCUCUCCCCCCACCCCUCCU